AUGACGGUGAAGAGAAGCAGAGAAGAUGGAGAAGUUGAAUCGUUUGCCAUGGCCAACUGUUUGAUGCUCCUCUCUCGUAUCGGCAAGACUAUGUCAUCAUCGUCGGCGGAUCGUGUCUUCGAGUGCAAGACUUGCAGCAGAAAGUUUCCAUCUUUUCAAGCGCUCGGUGGCCACCGAGCGAGUCACAAGAAGCCAAAAUUAAUGAUGUUGGACCUUCUUCAUCCAACUGAUCAAUCAAAACCUAAGACACAUGAGUGUUCCGUUUGUGGUUUGGAGUUUGCAAUAGGUCAAGCACUUGGUGGGCAUAUGAGACGCCACCGUGCAUCUGGUAGUGAAGGGUUGAAAACGGAGAAUAAACAAUCGGCGGUACCGAUUUUGAAGAGGUCGAAUAGCAAGAGAGUUAUGUGCUUGGAUCUGAACUUGACGCCAUAUGAGAAUUUUCUGGAGUUGGGGAUGGGGAAGAUGGCUUCGAAUUGA